AUGAAUAUAUUAAAAUUGAGCAAAAUGAACGACGAUACUUUUGCGAAGAAUAUUAGACGGUAUAUUUUAAGGGGUGGUGGGGAUGCUGAUAUGGAUGUUGAUACUGAUACUGAUAUGGCUAUGGAUGUUGAUAUUGAUAUCAAUAAUUUUGAUAUUACCAAAUUCGACUAUAGAACUAUUUUCAACAAGAGUCAGAACGAGAACAUCAACCAUAUAGAAAUGAUAUUUAAAUUUUUUGGAAUUAAAACAAACUCUGAAGUGGAUUCGAUGCCUCAAAAGUUAAAGUGGUAUUUUGACGAUCAUCCGAAUGAAUGGAAAGAAUUAUUCAUAUUCUUUUGUGUUAUGCCGUUUACCGAAUAUGAAUUCCAGGGUGAUUAUGGAAAUUUACUAAAUCCUGAUACUCUUCAUAAUACCAGUACGAGCGAGGCAACAGAAAACAAUCUAAUUGGGACUUUUUCCGAUAUUGANUUUGAAUCAGUCAAGCAGAUAAUUCCGGAAGCCAGGCUUGCAGCUAAUUUGCAGACUAUAUUGAAAACAGACGUAUUCUCAAGCAAUUUUAAACAAGCUGAAAGUAAAAAUAUAAUCACGAAAUUGCUUGGAGUUUGCUCUAAACAAGACUAUGAAAUUGUGACAGAUAUUGGAUCNAAUGCUGAGAGCACAUAUAAAAACAAUUUUAUGAACUAUUUAUUCAAACCCAUAUGCCANUACACUGCAUCAGUCCUUCAUUUUCAGACACGAGUAGAAGAAGUUAAUGCUAUCGGUCAGACUGGAGUUCAUACUAGGGUACCACAUCAAUCCAAAGAUUUAUUCUACUCGUAUCCCGAUAUAGUAGCAUACGCUAAAAAAGUACAUUAUCAGUCGCUAGCUUUAGUUGAGGUCAAAAAAUUACCUAUUUUAAUCUCUAGAAAAAUGUUGGACGUAACAGAUGUAAAAAUGAAGAAAUUCAUCAAGCAAGUUGUGGCAGAAAUGUUUUCUAAUCACACAAAUAAAGGCAUGCUAACAGAUUCAUACACAACAAUACUAAUUGAAAUCGAUAUCGAGAGAUCUUUGGAAAUAAUCGAGCAAAAUGCCGAAUGGAAUGAUGGCAAGCCAGUUGCUCUAAAUUANAAAGUCCUAGAUUGUCAUUCAUCAGGUCUUACAUUAAGGGGUGGUCUCGUUUCAUAUAUCUAUGAAGCUUUCGCUGUAAGUGAGACCCGACUAGAUGAAAUUAANAGAGGAUUGGAUACGAUCUAUAGGUUUAUUCGCAAGACAGAUGAAGAGUAUUUGACAUAUUUGGAUGAAAUAGCAUUAAAGCAUGAGAUGCCGUUUAGGGAUUAUUGUAUUAAUUCAAUUGAAAAUCAUCCAGUAGAAGAUAGAAGACGGCAUAUUUCUGCUACUGAAAUUGCACUCGGAAGUUUUGACAAAAUUGACNUUCAGUGUGGAUUUACGUUCAAUUCUCAACUUUUUAAGGUGAACAAGGAAGAUGUGGAGGCUUUUUUUAUCAAGCCUUUCGAUGGUGAUGACCAAUUCAUUGUAAAAGUCUUUGAUCCCAUCAAAGCGAAAAGAGAUCAUAAGCAUUAUAGCGCUGAACGAACAGAUAGCUUCAACAUAUGCCGCAAGGCCUAUCUGUGCGAGAAACUGGCAUAUGAGAUUCUAUUAAAUGAUGGGUUGUUCAAUAAUGUUUAUGUUGACCAAAAAUGUGUAUUUGGUAAAUUCAAUAUAGGUGAACAUUACCAUGCGCUAGGGCCAUUUAUCAUAUUAAAAUAUAUAGAGCCCGAAAAAGGAAAAUCUAUAGAACCCGAAAAAGGAGAAUAUAAUCGAUUGCCCAAAGAUAGAAGGACAUAUGAGAAAGCUGAAGAGCAAUUGAAAAUCAUCCACAGUUGUAGAAUACUUCAUGGAGAUAUUUGUGAACGGAAUAUUCUUUAUUCACAAGGCAAGGUCUAUUUUAUUGAUUUUGGGUAUUCAGAUUAUAAUAUUGUUGAGAAAGGGUCCAGACCAGUAACUGCUGAUCCAAGGAGUACGAAUAGUGAACACCGAAAAUUAUGCAGAGUGUUUAAUCAGGAAAUUCCACAGCAAUACGAAGAUUCUAAUGAAUAA